AUGGACUCCAUCUCCAGAGUCGAGUACAACAUUCGUGACCUGAGCACCAGGUCGGUGACUCUGUUCCCUACAAAGGCCCAGGUCUCCCGUGAUAUACGAGACGUGCCAUUGCGCCCUGGUACCAAUGAGAUCACUAUCCUGGGCCUUACCCCUACCGUCGACGAGCACUCGAUCAAGGUCGAGGGCAACGGCGCAGCCACCAUCGUCGACAUCAGCAUUGAGCCCGUGCCCAACCAUGAACUGUUUGCUGACGUCUACCCUGACUCUGACGACGAGGAAAAGUCGGACGAGGAGUCGGACGUUGAAGACGUCGAGGUCAGCGAGAGCCCAGAGCUCAUAGCAGCCAAAGCGCGUGUGACAGAGCUCAACGGCCAGGUCGAGAUAGCCGACGAGGUCGUGAAGUCUACUGAGCUCCGAAAGAGGUAUCUCAAUGGCUACUACAACUCGCUCAACCCCAAGCACAACAUCGAUAUUGAGAAAGCAAUGGACACCUACAAGGACGAGCGCAUCAAGGCCCAUCAAGAGUGCCUCGAAGCUCAAGAGCUCAAGAGCAAGCUCGGGCCAGAGCUGCAGAAGGCGCAGGCCAUUCGCGCUCGGCUGAUCAAACGGCAUGAGAGAGAGAAGACCCGCGCCAACCGUGAGACAGCCAAGAUACGGAAGCGCAAGAGUAUUGAGCGGCGCAACAAGGAGUUGAGAGAGCAAGAACGUGUCAAGGAGAAGAACCGCAUCCGAGGAGAGAGGGAGAGCUUCUGGCCCAAGUACUGUUACGCCGUGCACAUCAAGCUUGAGGUUGGCAUCGCCACUCCUGCGCCGUCUAGCGUCGACGUGUCCAUGGGCGAGAAGGACUGGGAGAUCCCUCAGGAUGUCCCAAAGGGCGAGUCGGUGGCCCCAGAGGAUGUGACGCUGCAGAGCUGCGACUUGAUCCUCUCGUACAUUACCGGUGCAGCUUGUUGGCAGCCGAGCUACGAUAUCCAGCUCGAUACUACGAACUGCACCGGCAUCCUCUGCUUUGAUGCGCAAAUCACCAAUACCACCUCUGAGACCUGGGAGAGGUGCAAGGUUACCCUCUCCACAUCGCAGGCAGCAUUCUCAGGUCUUGUGGACUCAGCUCCUACUCUUGAGCCCUGGAAUAUCAUCCUCAAGCCCAAGGGUGAUGGCUACGGGCCCGACCCCCUCGUUAAGAGCCGCGAGGAAGUCGAGCUGCGCUCAAGAUUCUGGGAGUCACAGCACCCUAGGUCGGAUAUGAAGCCAAGGACUGUAAUGUUUGGCAUCGACAAUCCCUCAUCCAACACUCACCCACCUGUCCCGGGGGCUUGGAGAGCUGGGCCAUAUGUGGGCGGGCCUAACCAGCAGAUGCAAGACUAUCAAAUGCAGCUUAUGUUGUUGGAGCAGCAGAACAAGAAGCGCGUAAUGAUGGCGAGACAGGAGGGCGGGCAGGGAGCAGGUAUGCCGCGGACAGGACCAGUCCAGUCGCAGCAAGUGCAAGGCUCGCAAGGCCAAGCUCAAAUGCAAGCGAUGCAGCAGCAGCAGCAACAACAACAGGCAUUCCAGCCGCAACACCAAGCAUUGCAGCAGAUACAAGCACAGAUACAGGCAACGCAACCAGGAGAGGGAGUCAUCAACUUCUCCAACACCCCUCCCCAGCCACAGCCCCAAGCCUUCCCGGCGCCUGACCAGCAAUCACCCUUCGACGACGCAGCCCUCUCCGACCCAGGCACCGUCGGCCGCGACGACUCCCGCCUCAGCUUCGAGGAGUCCCUCAUCGACCAGACCGGCUUCACCACAACCUACGACCUCCCGGGCCUCAAGACCCUCGCGCCCAGGUCCACCCCGACCAGCCAGCGCGUCGCCCGCAUCGCCUUCCCAAACGUCCCCUUCCGCCACACCAUCGUGGCCAAGUACCGCCCGGCCGCCUACCUGAGCGCCAAGCUCCAGAACGACAGCAAGAUCAACCUCACCCGGGGGCUCGCCGGCGUCUCCCUCGACGGCAGCUUCCUCGGCCGCGUGCCCCUGAGCCGCUGCAGCGUCGGCGAGCACCUAAACCUCAACCUCGGCGUCGACCCGGCCAUCACCGUCGCCUACCCGCCCCCCGAGGUGCGCAAGGCCACGCGCGGCUUCUUCGCCAAGGACGACGUGAAGGUGUACGAGCGGUGCGUGCGGCUCGAGAACAAGCGGACCUGGACCGCGCAGGCCACCAAGCUGUUCGUGCUCGACCAGAUCCCCGUCGCCGAGGACGAGCGGCUGCGCGUCGACCUGCUGCAGCCCGAGGGCCUGGUCAUGGACGGCGAGAGCAAGCCGACGGGGGUGCCCGGUAGGAGCUUCAAGGACGAGGAUAAGGCGUGGGGGCGGGCGUCGGCGCACUUGAGGAAGGGGGGACAGGUGCAGUGGCUGGUGUAUCUGGAGCCCGGCAAGGCUGUGAAGCUGCCGUUGGAGUAUCAGGUUUCGGUUCCUAACAAUGAAGAGGCGGUUCAGGCGCCUAGGGCAUAA